UUUUAUCACUAAAGUAUGAAACCUGGUUUUUAUCCAAAUUUUGUAAAUUUUUUGGAUUAGAUUUUUUAUAACAUGCAAUUGCCAUGCAACAACAACGAUGAUAUCCUAAAAGUCAUAUCUCAAAAUAUUCGUGCUUCAAACAAGGUUUGAUGAAAGGGCUUUGGGUAAACAAUGGUUUGGUGAUGACUUUUACCAUCAGUUACGGAGCGGAAACCUGGACACAGAAAAAGUUCGACAGAGACUGCAUAGACGACUUCGAAAUGUGGUGCUGGAGGAGUUUUUUGCAGAUUUCAUGGACUGGAUUUCGCACCAAUGUGUCAAUACUAAAGGAACUUAAUAUUAGAAACUAGACUUUCCACAAUAUGCAUUCGUAGAGAAUUGAAGUUCUUUGGACGCAUUGCUCGAAAGGAGAGUCACAAUCUUGAGCAGCUUAUGAUAACAGGCAAUGCUGCCUUUCCAACUAUACCAAGACGAGCAACAAUUGACGUCUCUGAAGCACGAACACCAGAAGGAGAUAAAACUAAUUAAAGCAGCUCUUAACAGUCUCCGUUGUUCCGACUGUGCUGAAGCCGCCACAACAGCUUUGGUUAAUAAUGUAGAGGCAGAACGGUCUGAUGAUGACAUACAUUAUCAGCCUAUUGGAUCAAUAGAAACAUCAUUUCAAAACAAACGAGGUGUUCCUCGGCAACCUUCUGUUAUGAAGAAUGCAAGGGGAACUGUGGUAAUUGAUACUUCAGUAUUUAAUAACCCUGAGCAUGCUUUGAGCGGACUAGAGGAGUUUUCACAUAUGUGGAUAAUAUUCCACUUCCACAUGACAGAAAGUACAAAUGCACCAGCUAAAGUUGCCCCACCAAGAUUGUGUGGAGGAAGGCAAGGUGUAUUCUCCACGCGUUCACCCCACAGACCUUGUCCGAUUGGGUUGUCACUUGUGAAGAUUCAUUCUAUUGAAGGUAACAAAAUACACUUUUUGGGCGUUGACAUGGUUAAUGGCACACCCGUUCUGGACAUAAAACCUUAUAUUCCACAAUACGACUACCCAUAUGAAGCAACAAGCUCUGUUCGACCACGGACAGAGGGAAUAAGCAAUGUGGUCGAUGACAUGGUGAAUGUUAAUAUUGGUGACCAUAGGUUAGACAUUGGAAGUUCCAGAAUUGCGACACCAAUCGAUAUCGAUUCUCCUUGUAGAAGUCCAUUUGAAGAUAUACCUUCACCAGAGUCAAGACUCAGCAACAUGCAAGCCCCACUAUCAGAAUUUCCGGACUCCCCAUCUGGUGUCGACCACGUUGAUGGGAAUCCAAGGUCGCCUUUACGUAGGCCGGAUGCUGAACGCGGAGAUCCGGAUGGUCAAGAAAGGUUCACUCCACCGCAGUCGGCAAAUCAAAGUAUAAGGCACGACGGCAUAAGAGUGGCCGCGUGGAUAAACAACCCUGCUUCACAGAGAUACGACGUUAGAUUCACUGAUGAUGCACUGGCCCGUCUUCAUGACUUAAUUGGGGAUAGAGCGGAUGCCUUCAAAAGUAACAUUGAAAGUCUUUUGUCUGAAGAUCCAAGGUCGAAUUACGUCAGAGGCAGGUAUCCGGAUCACGAAUACAGUUGUGUGUUAGAAGACCUGUCUAUUAGCUGCGUUUUCGAUAGAAAUUCGCAUGUUUGUAAUAUAAUCGCUGUGAGAAAUGCCGAAGAACUUCAGGAAAAUUAAAUACCUAUAUAGUUAAGAAUGUAAUGAAAUAAUAUAUAUAUUUAAUAAAUGUUUUUGUUCGUUUACAA